CCCCCAAAUGGGGGCACGCAGCCUCUGCCAUAUCAUAUCAAUUAGUAAAAUAAUGAAAAAUUUAAUAAAAGAUUUAGAUUUGAGCCCUCGUAUAAAAAUCCGAAUUAUCAACGGCAGCAAGAAAUUUAAACUACUGGAUGAUUUAUUACUUAUUUCACCUCAAGAUCUAAAAAAUAUUACUAAACUCUCUGAGGAUGAUAUAUUGAAAAUACUAAAGGCAUUGUCUGAUAAAUUUUAUAAAAAUGACUUUUCAAAUUAUUUUAGUUUUAAUACAGUAUACACUAAUCCUCAAUGUAUAAGUACUGGACUAGAAAAUUUUGACCAAAUUUUAAAAGGAGGAAUAUUAUGUCAAGGCAUAACAGAAAUAUCUGGUUGCUCAGGUGUUGGCAAAACUCAAUUUUGUUUGCAUUUAUGCUCAAGAUUAGCAAAAUCUAUAUAUAAUAAUCAAAAUUAUAAAAAUGAUUGUAAUUUAUAUGUAAAUAUAUAUUUUACAUUAAAUUUAUUAGGCAUUAUUUAUGUUAACACUGAAAAUGCCUUUCCUGUUAAAAGAUUAGAACAAAUUAUGUUAAAUUAUUUGGAAAAUUAUUAUGAUAAUAAAAAUUUGCAACAACUAACACAAAAUAUAAUGAGUUCUAUUUAUUUAGAUCAUAUUGGAGAUUUAGUAAUUUAAAGUUUAUAAAAUAAAUAUUUGUGUUACAAGAAAAGUUUAUGGCAUUGUUUAACAAAAAAAGUGAAUUUGAUUUUCAACAUGAAUAAAAGGAUAAGAUUAAUAAUUAUUGACUCUGUUGCAUCUUUAUU